AUGAAAAUACCUGCCAAGAAAGCUAUUUCCACAAACAAAGAUGUCGUCGAAGAGAAAGAUGAAGGAGAUACCAACAAAAAAACAACAACAAAGGGGGUCGCAAAUGGCAUAGAGCAACCAACCAUCAAACAAGACAUCCCAGUAAGUAGUAGUGAUCCUUCCUAUCAUCCAACAUCUCCCAAAGAUUCGACAAAAGAGUCUAUAGAUGAAAUGGACAAACCUAUUGAAGAAAAGCAAAAGGAUCACACAAGUGACUAUGAGCAUGAGGAUGAGAAAGAGAAAAAUGCCCCUGUUGAGGAGGAAGUGGAUGUGGAGAUGCAGAAUGCUGACGAAGUUGUCAAAGACAUAUCUGAAGAUGGCUCUCCAACAAUUGCAAACCCAUGCACUGAUGGCCCAGAUGACGAAGAAGAAGAGGAUCAUUCUAUGUCCAGCCUUCACAUGAAUCCUACUGAGGAUGAAAAUGGGGAACAAGAUAGUGAACAAGAGAAUGAGCAAACUGAUGAUAUGCCCAAGACCAACCCAACUUCUGAUGCUACUAAAAAGACCAUAGCACCUUCGACCAGAACCAUUGUUGCCCUAUCUCCAGAAGAGCUAGAAGCGCUGAAGCAAAGAAAACCGGUGGAAUAUCGAAAGGCCAUUAUCAGUACAAAGGGUAACUCGAUUGAGAAAAGUCCUAGUACUUCAAUAGUGUCAGGUGGCCAAUCUAUAAGCAAAUCUGGUGAUGAAUUGCUCCUCAAAAUCAAAGAAAAAUCCUUCAACAUUGAUUUGCUCCAACUCUUGGAGAAUGAAGAUACUUUUUGCUUUGGGAUCAAAUAUCUCUUGAAACAAGUUGACGUCUUGAACGCUUCCCCAAAAGUUGUAGAUGUCAUCAUGAUCUAG